AAUAGUUCGAUGGCGUAGAUUCUUCAUUCUUGAAAGUUGAAACAGGGGAUGACGAAAAUAUGAGCACAUUUUUUCACCCUUUACUUGUUUUCAGAGCUUUCUUCUUCCUUAAAGCUACCGUACGAGUUUCGACCACUUCCACAACGUAGUACCACAGGCAAAAUUCUCUGUCUCUAUCUCUCUCUCUCUCUGCGCGCAUGUGUGUGAAGAAGAUGGGGGAAGAGGCAGAGAUUGAUCGUUUACCCAUAGACCUUCUGGCUCAUAUCUUUGUUCUCAUCACUUCCUUCACUGAUUUGGCUCAGGCGAGAAGCGUGUGCAAGAAAUGGAAGCAGGGGGUGAAGCAGUCUCUGGCUCGGAGGGAGACUCUGAGCUUUGCUGGUUGGAGGAUGGACGAUGACUCCACAGCCCGCCUUGUUCGCCAUGCCUACAACCUCAAAGAGCUUGACAUUUCAAGGAGCCGUUGGGGUUGCCAAAUCAGUGACAAUGGACUAUGUCAAAUAUCUUUGGCAAAAUGUGUCAGCAACCUGACUUCCAUAUCUCUAUGGGGUAUGACAGGGAUCACAGACAAAGGUGUUGUUCAACUGAUAUCCAGAGCUAAUUCCUUGCAACACCUCAAUAUUGGAGGUACAUUUAUCACAGAUGAAUCUUUAUUCGCCAUUGCAAAUAACUGUCCACAUUUAAAGACUAUAGUCCUGUGGAGCUGCCGUCAUGUAACCGAGAGUGGUCUUCUUGUUCUUGUAAAUAAAUGUCGAAAGCUUGAAUCUAUCAAUGUAUGGGGGACCAGAGUUCCUGUUGACUGCUUCCUUGGUUUGCUUACCAUUAGUCCAGCCCUUCAGAUAAAAUCCAGACUGAUGUUAGAUGUUGGAAGCGCUUCUCUAUGGCCCGUUGUAUAAGUUUCCCCAUGUUGUGGUUGCUUUUCCAAUUGCUCUAAUGUACAGGUUGUUUUUAUUUGUUUCUUCAUCAAAAUGAUAAAUAUAUCAGCAAAAUAAGACACAGGUACCUUAUUGUCUCUGCGUCUGUAUUGUACAGUACACACGCAAUUGUAUUCUUUUGCGCUUGCCAUAAUUGGUAAAUUAAGUUCAUGAUUUCAUUUUAAA